UGUUCUGAAGGAUACCACAGGAGACUUAACGCGCAACCACGUCUGCAACUUCUCAAACACGAUAAAGACAGUGGAGUGAUCGGAGACAAAGACAUACGUUCAGACAAGAUGAGACACGAUAACCUAUAGAAUAGUACUUUAAUGAUGUUUAGGACGUUUUCCCGCAUUUACAUAGUACUUUUCUAAAAGACUUUUUACAUACCCGAAAGCAUUCACUUGUGGUGACUUUUUAAUAUAAGCCUACAUAGGAUAUUUUAUUUACAGAAUCGGAUAUUGUUCAUAUUCGCUAGGACACUCAAGAACAGUUUUCAGGAUUUUUUUCCCCCACGUUUUGGAAUGAAUUUUACUUAGGGAAGCGUACCAAACGAAAGUCGGACUGUAAACGUUGUUUUAGGCCAGGGCACCACGUUUUUCCGUGUUUAGGUUUUUGAGGGCUGACUUGGCCGUAUCGCACUUUUAGGAAUGUUCAUGAACAUUGACUCGUUCCGUCGGCUACUGCUGCUGGCACUGGCUAGUGCCCUCGCCGCUCCGAGUGGAUGCGGGAAAGAAAUCAGACCAGAGGUGUGGCUGCAGCAUUAUGGAUACCUUCCUCCCGGAGAUGUGCGGGCACAGGCAAUCCGGUCACCUAAAUCCAUCGCCACUGCUGUCUCUGACAUGCAAAAGUUCUAUGGUCUCACUGUCACCGGAACCAUGGACCCGGACACACUCAGGGCGAUGCAAAGGCCACGCUGUGGGGUUCCAGAUAAGUUUGGAACAGAACUGAAGAGCAACCUGAGGAGGAAACGCUAUGCCACCCAGGGCCUGAAAUGGGGCAAGAAUGAGAUCACCUUCAGUAUCCAGAACUACUCUGCUAAAGUGGGUGAGCAUGCCACGUAUCGGGCGAUCCGGAAGGCUUUUAAGGUCUGGGAGUCGGUGACACCACUGACAUUCCGUGAGAUCCCUUACAGCCAGAUCAGAGACAAGCCUGAGAAGUUCGCUGACAUCAUGCUCUUCUUCGCUGAUGGUUUCCAUGGUGACAGCACACCUUUUGAUGGUGUGGGAGGCUUCUUGGCUCAUGCGUACUUCCCCGGCGAAGGGAUAGGGGGCGAUACGCACUUUGAUGCGGCUGAGCCAUGGACGACCGGCAACGUUGACCAAGGAGGCAAUGACGUGUUCCUGGUGACAGUGCAUGAGCUGGGCCAUGCACUGGGUUUGGAGCACUCUAGCGACCCAUCAGCCAUCAUGGCACCUUUCUACCAGUGGAUGGACACAGAGAACUUUGUGCUGCCCAAUGACGACAGACAAGGAAUCCAGCAGAUUUAUGGUCCUGGGUCAGGAGAUGUGCCCAGACCUCCUGCCCCUCAACCCACACGGAAGCCGGCCGGACCCUCCUUCGGGCCUGACAUCUGUGAGGGACACUUCGACACCAUCGCUGUCCUUCGAGGCGAGAUGUUUGUCUUUAAGGAGAAGUGGUUCUGGCGGAUGCAUGAUGGGAAGAAGAAUAACCCCAUGCCCAUCGGACACUUCUGGAAGGGUCUGCCCCCCUCCAUCAACGCUGCCUAUGAGCGUGCUGAUGGGAAGUUUGUUUUCUUUAAAGGUGACAAGUACUGGGUGUUUAGUGAGGCCAUUAUGGAACAGGGAUACCCCAAAACCUUCAAGGAGUUGGGCACCGGCCUUCCCAGAGAUAAGCUGGACUCUGCACUCUACUAUACCCCAAAUGGAAACACCUACUACUUCAGAGGAAACAAAUAUUACCGCUUCAAUGAGAAUACACGUUCUGUUGAUGCAGGCUACCCCAAACCUAUCAGUAUGUGGCAAGGAGUGCCCGAUGGUGUCAAAGGAUCCAUUAUGAGCGACGAUGGAGCCUACACCUACUUCUACAAAACCAACAAAUACUGGAAGUUCAACAACCAGCAACUGAAAGUGGAGUCCGGCUACCCCAAGUCUGUCCUGACCGACUGGAUGGGCUGUGAGUCUACAGUGGAGCAUACUGAAGAGGAAGUGAUCAUCAUCGAGGUGGAUGAGUCACCGAGUGGUAUUCCCAAGCUGGCAGUGGCUAUUGUGAUCCCCAUCCUCCUAUUGGCUUGCGUGCUCAUCACUCUGGGAGCUCUCCUGUUCUUCCGUCGUUACGGAACCCCGCGGCGUCUUCUUUACUGCCACCGCUCCCUGCUGGACAAAGUCUAGAGACGGAGGGGUGAGGAGAGGGAGGGACAGAAGCGUUAUUGGGACGACGACUAUAAGGACUUGCGUUUGCGGUUGAUUACAGAACCACAUGGAGACAAAGAGGAGGAGGAUGCAGUGAGCGAGGGAUGAAGAAGUGAAGCAACUGAAAAAGGGAACAGUGCAUUUUGUAUUGUUAUUCGUAUGCCUCUGUUGGUAUAAACAGACUCAUAAAGGAGAGAGAGACACAGAGAAGAAGAGGGAGCCAGCCAUUGAAAAACCUUAUUUUUAGCCCCUCUAAAGCACUUUUAUAUUGUUUCAUCUCUCCCUCUUCCUCUCUUUAAAUCUCUCUCCCAAAUCAAAUGACUCCAGCCACAGUGCUGUGUGAAUGAGUGCUUUUGUUUUGUUUUGCUUUCUUAAAUUUUCAUUUUAUCUUUGGUUUUAGCUCAUAAAGGUUUGUGCUAAAUUUUCCCAUGCUUGUUUCCAGGGAAACCUUGUUUCCUAGCCUUUCCUUCAACAGUGCCUCACACGUCUCAGGUGACACAGUGCCUGCGUUUGGGAGGAUGACCAAGAUGGUCUGUUUUCCCCUGUUGUCCAUAGACAUGCAUGAACGUGAGCUACAAUGUUUGACUCCUGUGAAUGUUGCCUUUAAGAAACACAGAUUGGUAUUUUCAAUAGUAGGGACUGCUAUAUUAGAAAGGGUAGAAGUGAAAGGUCAGAGUUCAGGGAGGGAGUGUGGUUCAGCUCUAGAGAUGAGGCCAGUCUGUAUUUACACCUAGAGAGCAGAGCUGUCUUGCAGGUACAAAGCCAGAUAUUAAUGUUAUUAAGUGUUUGUUACCAUUUACUAUUGUUAUUAAUGUUAAUUAAUGAUUGAUGUUGUUGUUAUAACUAUGAUUAUUAUUAUUAUUGUUCUCCAUAUGUCCUUUUUAACUUGUUUGUCAUUUUAAGUCCUGCUGGACAGAGGCAGAAUGUGACUGGUAUCAAAAUGAACCAGUUUUUUAAUGUUAGAAACAUCAGGUUCUUGCAUCAGAUCUCACAACAGAUUGGUGUAAUUGAUUCAGAAACAUAGAAACACCAUUCAAGCAUUGGCACGCUGGCAGGCCAAAAGUCCCUUUCAAACAGUAAUGUUUACUUGCUUUCAGACAAAACUGUAAUUGGAUUGGGUUUGUUGUAUUCACAUGGUUCGUUCUUGGAAACCUUCCUUCUUCCGUCUUGUUCUCAUGGGUGAAGCAAACAUGUCUGAAAUGGAUUAAACCUGUUUCUAGAAAAAAUAAAAUGGUGCUAUGUAUUUCUUGAAUACACACACAUCCUCAUCAAAGUGUAAUUAGUCUUAACAAUGAUAAUGAUAAUGAUAUUUAUAAUGAUAUAAAGUGAUUCUUGGUUGUUUAGAACUUUUUGUAUUUUGGGAAUAAACUAUAUAAUAAAAGUA